GCGGGCAAGAUGGCGGCGCCCAGGCGGUGAGGGGACAGGGCGGCGGGAGCGGCGCCAUGAGCGCGGCCCGGGGCUGCGGGCCGGCCCGGGGCCUGGCAGGAUUGUUUCUCUGGCACCUGAGGAGCCCUGGCACACGGCAGAUCCCGUGCCCGUUUCUGCACCUGUGCCACGUGGCCAAUGACAGACUGUUUACAUUUCAGUACUUUAACUUUCUCAAACGAAUGUAUGUAACACAAUGCAACAAAGACCUCAGCCAGCGAGUCAAACCCAAGUCAGAUCCAGUUCCAUCUCCUUUUCGUGAGCUUCAGCAGUUAGAUCAAGAGAAAAAGGUUAUACACAAGAUCAGACCAAUUUCACCUGUUCCUCAGCCUCUGUCUGAGCCAUCAAGCAGAAAUGGGUUGAGAGAAGCGGAGUCAGCUGCAGAAACUGAAGAUUCAGCAGUAAGAGCAGAAGCCAAAGAGGACAGACAAUGGAAAGAAAUGAAGCUACAGCUGGAUGAUUUACCAGGAAUUUUGGCACGAUUGUCCAAAAUUAAGCUGACAGCUCUGGUGGUGAGCACUGCAUCUGCUGGCUUUGCUAUGGCCCCAGUCCCUUUUGACCUGACCUGUUUCCUGCUUGCCUCCCUUGGAACUGGACUGGCAUCCUGUGCUGCCAACUCCAUCAACCAGUUCUUUGAGGUUCCAUUCGACUCAAACAUGAACAGGACAAAAAACAGACCACUGGUUCGAGGACAGAUCAGCCCCCUGCUCGCCGUCUGCUUCGCUGCCUCCUGUGGAGUCCCAGGGAUUGCCCUGCUGACACUGGGAGUAAACCCCCUCACCGGGGCCCUGGGAGCCUUCAACAUUUUCUUGUACACGUGUUGUUACACCCCCAUGAAGAGAAUGAGCAUUGCCAACACGUGGGUGGGAGCUGUGGUCGGUGCCAUUCCCCCCGUCAUGGGCUGGACGGCGGCUACUGGGAGUCUGGAUGCUGGUGCGUUGCUGUUGGGAGGAAUCCUCUACUCCUGGCAGUUCCCUCACUUCAACGCCCUGAGCUGGGCUCUGCGGGAAGAUUACUCCCGAGGAGGGUACUGCAUGAUGUCUGUCACCCACCCGGGGCUGUGCCGGCGGGUGGCCCUGCGCCACUGCCUGGCCCUGCUGGGGCUCUGCACGCUGGCUCCUCUUCUUGACGUCACCACCUGGACUUUCCCCGUCGUUUCUCUCCCCAUUAACCUCUACAUCUCCUACCUCGCCUUCCGCUUCUACAGGGACGCAGACCGUGGCAGCUCCAGGAAGCUCUUCUUCUGCAGCCUGUGGCACCUGCCCCUGCUGCUGCUCGUCAUGUUCACCUGCAAGAAGUCGUUCCUGGAGAAGGACGAGAAGGGCGAUCUGCUCGGGGGAGGUCAUGGGAGGGCUGUGGAGAUGAGAUUGCCUUAAAUGUCAGUUACUUGUUGGCCUUGUGACACGCCAGGUAGUGUAUUUUAGUUAUUGCAAGGGGGAAGCCUGUGGGGAUCUGUUGGGAAGAAUCAUUUGUGCCUACGACCACUUCAUGGAUAAUUUUCUCUUUCCUUCUGGAAGGGAAUAGUUGUCAGAGCUUCAAACCCUCACGGGCCUCAGGCCUGUUCACUCGGCACGGAUUGUAACGUUGACUCAGCACGGAUUAUAAUUUAGCCCGUGUCAGAAGCACACCACUUUGGGAUGGCCUUCCAGAGCCCCCCUGAGCUCUGGUCUCGCCUGGUGGGAAGGCUGGAGUCAGCAAGUCACUCACGCACACUCCCUGAGCUGAGCCCUGCAGCCUGGGCCAAGCGUCAGGAAGCGACCGAUGAAUGAUCAGUCACCCCUGCUCCCCAGGCAUCCCCUCCCAGGUGAGGCACAUGGUGGGCUGGGUGAACUCACCUUGACCCUUGUCCCCACUCUGACUCUACACAGAAGCCUCCAGUUUCUGAGGCUUCUCCUCAGUCAGUCACUUUUCCCAAGGUUCCCAUUCACCCCAGUAGAUGUUUAGCUCUCACACAGCUGGCACAGGGCAAAAGCAGGGAAGCAAACUGCCUUCCAGCACACUGCACAUCAGCAUUUCAACACCAAACACCCUUCAGAUGAACAGCUCUUCUGCAGCAAAUGCCUUGGACACACUGAGCCACCCUGCUCUGCAUCCACACGGGGAAUUGCUGACUCCCCUGUGCUUUGCCAUCAUGAGGGUUUGAGCCCCUGUGACAGGUCUUCAGCUGGUAAAAACUGCCACUGCUUUUUGUGUCAGUGAAGCUUUGAAAAGGUGUAGGAGGGAAGAAGCAGAUCUCAGAGCUGGUAGUGUUAAGGCUUUCUAUGCUCACGUGUGGUGUGCCAGCCCAUCCAGGCUCAGUGUCCUCAGGCAAGCUCUGGGUUUGCAUCAGGAGUUUGAACUGCAUUUAAUAUCACACCGUGGUGGCCAGGAGAGAAGGCCUCGGUUUUGGGCUAUGGAUGCAAUGAGGAAAUGCAUUUUACAGGAAAUAAAGUUGGAGAUCUUUAUCUCACAUUGUAAUGUUCAAAUUGCUGAUGCAGCCAGUGUCUCUCAAAAAGCAAAUAUUGUGGAUUGUCUCACUAGGAAAAUGCAUUAUCUUUGUUAACUGAUACACUGAAGAACAUUUCUAGCCACAGCCAAGUGUGUUGUGAUCCCACCACGGGGCUGUGGCCAACCCUUAGCCUGCCUGGGGCUGCAUCCCACUGGGAUGCUUCCAAACACAGGGUAGACAAAGACUCUGUUCCAGUUUCCUGUGGUAGGUAGUGCCUGGUAUGACUGGAUGCAUUUUCACACCAGGAUUUCUUUCCCAUGUGGAGAGGGACUGGGCAGCACAGUUGGGCAUCCAUCCAAAGACACAGUAACACCUGGGAUGGGAGAUACUCUCUCUGGUCUGAUCCUGAAUAAAACCCUUCAGGAAAUGUCACAAACCUGCCACCAGGUGUGUAUCACCCUGACACCAAAUCUUCACUGGCUGCUUUCACUGUACAAGCCCAACUUCUGGACUCAAGUUGCACUGGUGUAAAUCAGGAGUGACACGGUUACCCCCUGUUCUGCAGGCAGAGGUGCUUGCAGCAGCAAAACCUGUUUUACACAGCUCUUAAAUAACCAGUUGCAAGAUUUUCUGACUCUCAAGCAAUGACAGGAUUGAGUUCCCUCUCACUGUUGGGCUGAUCGACUCCUUUGUGCUGUGGGCAACUUCAUAGAAGUGUCUGGAAACUGCAACUCUGGAUUUGUUUUAAAAAUGCAUCCAGUCUUCUCUGCAAUAAAGUACAAAACAAGACAUGAAUGCUCAAAA